AACACUCAAAUUUCAAAAUCUCUCACUCACUCCCUCUCUCUCUCUCUCUCUCUCUCUCUAAAAAUUUUUUCUUCCCAAACAGCUCCUCCCUUCAAUUCCCUCCCUAAAUCCUGCCUUGAAAUCCUCCAAAUUCCCUCAAUCUGCAUUUUCUCUCUCUACUCUUGAACAAAAGAAGGUAGAAAUUUAUAGUUUCUAAGAAAAUGCCGUUCAUUUCCGAGGCGGCGAGUGCAAUCAAGAGCCGGUUCGGUUUCCAUAAGCGAUCUGCCUCCGAGUCGGCGCCGGCCACAGUACCGAGCACUCCAGAUCUGCUCAAAUCGGUGUCUCGAGAGAAUUCCAGCCUUUCUUUAGUUGCCAUGUCAGCAGUUCGGAGCAUAGGUGAAUGGGAGGAUGAUGCUGACAGAAUCACUGGAUCUGUUGCGCCUCAUCAGAAUCAGAGCUUUGAGUUCUGUGAGGAUCCAUCGUUCUGGAACGAUCACAAUGUGCAGGUUAUUAUCAGAAUACGUCCAUUGAGUGGUUCAGAAAUCUCUCUACAUGGCUAUAGCAAAUGCGUCAGGCAAGAAAGCUCUCAGACAAUCACUUGGACAGGGCAUCCGGAGUCUCGUUUUACCUUUGAUCUUGUAGCAGAUGAGAGCGUUAGUCAGGAGAACCUGUUCAAAGUUGCUGGCUUGCCGAUGGUGGACAAUUGCAUGGGAGGCUAUAAUAGUUGUAUGUUUGCAUAUGGCCAAACAGGAAGUGGGAAGACUCAUACAAUGCUUGGAGAUAUUGAGGAGGGAACUCGAAGACACAAUGUUAAUUGUGGAAUGACACCUAGAGUAUUUGAAUAUUUGUUCUCAAGAAUCCAGAAGGAAAAAGAAGCUCGAAAAGAUGAAAAGUUAAAAUUUACUUGUAAAUGCUCAUUUUUGGAAAUAUACAAUGAGCAGAUUCUUGAUCUUUUGGACCCAUCAUCUAAUAAUUUACAGAUACGAGAAGAUAUGAAGAAAGGGGUUUAUGUAGAAAACCUUAAGGAGAUAGAAGUCACAAGUGCUCGAGAUGUGAUUCAACAACUUAUUCAGGGUGCAGCAAACAGAAAAGUAGCUGCCACUAACAUGAAUCAUGCAAGUAGUCGAUCUCAUAGUGUAUUUACGUGCAUCAUUGAAAGUAAGUGGGAAUCCCAAGGUGUAACUCAUCACCGGUUUGCUCGGCUUAAUCUUGUUGAUCUAGCAGGAUCUGAGAGGCAGAAGAGUUCUGGUGCUGAAGGUGAACGUCUCAAGGAAGCUACUAAUAUCAACAAGUCUCUUUCAACAUUAGGACUUGUAAUUAUGAACCUUGUAAGUAUAUCCAAUGGAAAGUCACUUCAUGUUCCCUAUCGAGAUUCCAAGCUUACAUUUUUGCUUCAGGAUUCACUAGGAGGCAAUUCAAAAACUAUUAUAAUUGCAAAUAUUAGCCCAUCUCUUGGCUGUUCGCUGGAGACAUUAAGCACAUUGAAGUUUGCACAACGUGCGAAAUUCAUUAAGAACAAUGCAAUUGUUAAUGAAGAUGCAUCAGGGGACGUUAUUACCAUGCGAAUGCAAAUCCAACAGCUCAAGAAAGAAGUGUCCCGCCUACGGAGUUUAGUCAAUGGGGGAGCUGAAAAUCUAGAUAAAAAUGCUUCAGUUAUAAGCUUUCCGGGAUCUCCAGGAUCCUUUAAAUGGGAAGGGCUUCAUGGAUCAUUUAGUCCACUAGUGUCUGAAAAAAGGAUGUCUCAGAAGAAAGACUUUGAAGUUGCCCUUGUUGGGGCUUUUAGGAGGGAAAAAGACAAGGAUAUUGCAUUGAAGGCAUUGGCAGCUGAAAAUCAGGCGGCUAUGCAGCUGGCAAAGCAAAGACAGGAUGAGAUACAAGGCCUGAAAAUGAGGUUACGGUUUCGAGAAGCAGGAAUCAAACGGCUAGAGGCGGUUGCUUCUGGAAAGAUUUCUGCUGAGACACACUUGUUGAAAGAAAAGGAGGAGCAUCUAAGGGAAAUUGAAGUUUUACGCACACAGGUGGAUCGGAACCAAGAAGUCAUGAGAUUUGCUAUGGAAAAUUUGCAGUUGAAGGAAGAAAUUAGAAGAUUGAAGUCAUUUUAUGAAGAAGGUGGAAGGGAGAUGAUGAGUGAACAGAUCAUGGUGUUACAGAAUAAGUUGUUAGAAGCUCUUGAUUGGAAACUUAUGCAUGAACCAGAUACCUUGGUUGUUCAGAAAGCAGAUACAGAUGUGAAGGAAGAAGUUCAUGGUGAUACAGUAGUUUCUAAUCAGGAACCAAGAGCACCUUGGUGCUCUUCAAUUAAUGAGGAGAAUGAAUUCCUUCGCAUGCAGGCUAUUCAAAACAAGGCAGAAAUUGACACACUCCAUAAGCAGUUGGGCUUCUGCCUUGAAGAGAAAGAAACAUUGGAAAGGCUUGCCAAUGACCUGUUAACGAAACUUGAAGAAGGGAGAUCUCUUAGGGUGGUUGCAAAGAAAGAAACACAGCAAAUUGAGCUUCCUCCUUUGUCAACUGAUGCAUCAAUUAUCAAUGGUCAUGGCCAAGUGGAGCUCAAAACAAUGGUUGAUGCCAUAGCUGCUGCCAGUCAAAGAGAAGCAGAAGCUCAUGAGAAAGCAAUAAUUCUGUCUAAAGAGAAUGAUGAGUUACAAUUAAAGCUAGAAGCUUGUAUUGAGGCAAAUGAUGAACUACAGACAAAGCUUAAAGCCUUAAUUGAGGAAAAAAAUAGUCUCAUUGAAAUGUAUGAACGAGCAGCUUCUGAAAGUAACUAUAAAUCUUUAAUUGAAGCUGACACUGCUGAGAAAAAUGACAUGGAAGUUGAUAAUGAUGGUGGUUCAGUUGAAUUUGCCAAAGGAAAAGAGAGUGAAAUGAAAAUGGUAGUUAAGAACCUAGAGCACCAGCUUAUGGAAAUGCAUGAAGAGAAUGAGAAAUUGAUGGGUUUGUAUGAAAAAGCUAUGCAUGAGAGGGAUGAAUUCAAAAGAACGCUUUCUUCCAGUGGACAGAACAGAGUUGAAUCUAGAGAACUUGAUUGCCCAGAAAAGCUUGUUGAAAUUGAUGGAGGUAAAUAUCCCGAGUCAUGCGUACCUCCUAUGUACCCUGAAGCAAAUAUGAUGGAGGCAAAUGAUGAGGUAUCUGCUAUAGCUGAUGAAGCACUUUGUUUUGCUGAAGGAGUUCCUUUCUCUGGCUCUGAUGAUGUGCUUAAUGAACCUAGCCUAUUUUGUGGGGAUUGUCAAGUGGAAGUAGAAAAUCAGACUGGUUCUGGAACAUUUUAUGAUUCAGAAACAGAGCCAUUAAAUCUUACUGCAGUCAAGGUUUCAGAUGAUCGUAAUUUGCUUAAAAUGAAGCUUGAAGCAGCAGAGCAAAAGAUUUCACAUUCUGUCAAAGCACUCUCAGUCCUGGGUCCCCUUGAGAAAGCUUUUGGGGAGUUUGAUGAGCUUUGGAGACAAAUUCAAGCUAAUGAAGAGGGAUUUCAGGUCAAGCAGCAAGAGUUUAGAUCCUUGAAAGUCCUUUCUUCAGAAAUGCAAGAAAGAAAAGCUCUUGUAGAUAAGAAGUUGUCAGCGCUUAAGUAUUCUCUGUCAAACUUUUCUCAAUCAGUUGUUUACUUUGAACAGCGGGAAGCUCGAGCAAUGGCAAGGUUGAAUGCUUCAUCAGCUAAACUGGACCAAAAGAAAGAGGAAUUGGUCCGUCUUCAAGUCGGCAAGGGUGGAAUCGAGGCUGCCUUGAGGAAGACUCAACAAGCUGAAGUUGAGUUAAGAGGCAAUCUUGCAAUUUUGAAAUCCAGAAUUGAGGAAGAAAACCACAGACAAGAGAAUGAAAAGGUUCUGUUUGCCAUAGAUAACAUUAAGAAAGUAGACUCCUCAUGGACAAAUUGGCAUUUAGGUGGUAAAGCUACUGAUUUGUUGAAGUCUGAGGAAGAAAAGACGAAGCUGCAAACUGAGAUAAAGGUGUCCCGCGAGAAGCUUGGUCUCAUUAAAAGUGAGCUUGAAGAUAUCAAUAAGAAGUCGGCAAAGAUAGAGAAUGAGAUGCAAGCUGUCCAAAUGGACAUACAAAAAGGGUCAAGGAUCGUGGAAGAGAUGGAACUGGCACUGCAGGGUGUAAUCCAAGAAAAGGAAACUCUCUUGGAGAUGGGAGAGAGCGGAAUGUCCGAGUUUCAGACAAUGAUUAUUGAAUAUCAGCAGCACACAUUUGAUGUAGAUUUGAAGGAGGUGGAGAUCAAGAUAUUAGAAGAAGAAUUACUGCCAGAGUUGAGAAGAUUAGAAGAGCUAAAACCAGUGAGGGUAGCAGCAGCUGAGAAGAUAACAAAAUUAAUGGAAGACAGAAGCUGCCAUUCAUGCUUAUCUGAAGAAAUGGAAAAGGAACUGCAAAAUGUCUGGGCUUUACUCAUUGAGGCAAAGACAUUAAUAGGGGAGGGAAAUUCAAAUCACUAUUAGCUUAGCUCUUUGUUUAAAUGUUGUUUCAUUCUCAGCAUUUGUACAGAAGAUCAAUAUCCUGAUUUACUUCUUAAUUCUGAUUUAGGUUUGCAAAUGUUCAUGUUCUGUCACCUUAAAAAUCAGUAGAAGCUGAUCAAUGCAUCUUUAUACUAUUAUUUAA